AAAAAGAUAGCAAUAGUAAGGAUAUAUCACUAUUCAUUCUUGGUACAAGAUGGCAGCAUCAAGCUGGCUGGGAACCUAUAGUAAAGAGUGAGUUUACAGCAUCAGCUAAUGGAAAAAGUAUUACUAUUCCACUUUCUGUUUAUAAUAAAAAUGAGGAAGCAAAGCUUCGAAUUUCCAAUUCACUCAAAAAAAAUAAUUAG